CCUACACGCGAAUUUGCAAUUUCCUGCGGCAAUGGUUCUGCGCUACGUAAAGGAGUGCGCUCUAUACUCAGGGGUCUGGAUAUUUUGACGGAAUUCUUACUGCCAUUGCCAGAAGGAGCUCGCCCAUUCUUCAGACUCACUUUUUAUGAAAGCACUCCGGCGCAUUAUCAACCACUGGGUUAUUAUUCGGUGUCCGCUCCGUAUCGUUUCAAGCAGGCAGGCCCUCCACAAAGAACUUCAUCUCUCAUUUUCGAAACGAACUGCCUCAGCUGCUCAGUGUACAUCAGUUCGCUGUUUUUCACGGUUGCAACGGAAGAACUUGACCAAGUUGGUGUAAUCGAAGAAGAGGAACACCGUGAAAAGCAGCUUGGCAAAUUGCAGUUAAAGGAGCGAGCAGCCAGCGAAAUUCCAAAGGCACCACGUUACUCCUGCAUAAUUUCAAAGUGUUUUCAGCAAUGA